AUGUCUCUCUCGAAUGAGAUUCCCACACAGCCGGAUCUCGUGAGCAAAUUCGGAGAUGUCUUCUCAGGAGAAGGAAAGCUCAAAGGAAAGCUUCACCUCGAGAUUGAUAAGUCUGUAACCCCUGUGGCACUGCCAGUGAGGAAAGUCCCCUUUGCAGUUAAAGAGCCUUUAAAACAGGAACUAGAACGCUUAGUUAAGAUAGGCAUCCUGCAACCAGUAGAUGUUCCAACAGAUUGGAUUUCCUCAAUGGUAGUCAUUAAGAAGAGCAAUGGAAAGAUAAGGCUAUGUAUCGACCCAAAACCUCUGAAUAAAGCACUCAGGAGAAAUCAUUUUCCCCUUCCAGUGAUCGAUGAUCUACUACCGCUGCUUACAAAUGCUAAAGUCUUCAGUGUCGUAGACGCAAAGAACGGAUUUUGGCAUGUGCAGCUAGACGAUGAAAGCAGUCUUUUGACCACAUUUGGUACCCCCUGGGGAAGGUUCCGCUGGACCCGGAUGCCCUUCGGCAUAUCACCCGCUCCGGAAGAGUUUCAGAGGAGAUUGGAAUACGCCCUGGAAGGUCUUGAUGGAAUUAAGCCAAUAUUUGAUGAUAUCCUUGUUUUUGGUGUCGGAGAAACAGAAGCUGAAGCACUUUCUGACCAUGAUGCAAAGCUGACAGCAUUGUUAGAACGCUGCCGCGCUACUGGCAUUAAGUUGAACAAGGAGAAGCUUAAGUUCCGUCGCAAAGAAGUGAAGUUUAUGGGACAUGUUCUAUAUCAAGAUUGUCUUAAGCCUGACCCCGACAAGGUACAAGGUAUCAAAGAGAUGCCAGCCCCGACCAGCAAACAAGAUCUCAAGAGACUUCUCGGCAUGGUAAAUUACCUCCAGAAGUUCGCUCCUAACCUGUCAGAAGUUACAGCCCCAAUGAGAGACCUUUUGAAAGAAGGGAACCAGUUCCGUUGGAAUGAGCAAGUACAAGGAUGUAGUUUCAAGCGAGUUAAGGAGAUACUCUCAGCUGCCCCUGUCCUCAAGUAUUUUGACCCCAAAGACGACGUGGAAUUGCAGUGUGAUGCAUCAGACAGAGGACUUGGUGCAUGUCUUGUGCAAGGAGGCCAGCCCGUGGCUUAUGUAUCUCGUUCUAUGACAGAAACAGAAGGGAACUAUGGCCAGAUAGAGAAAGAGAUGCUUGCAAUACUUUUAGGAGUAGAACGUUUUGAGCAGUGUGUGUAUGGUCGACCUGUCAAGAUCCAAACUGACCACAAACCCUUGGAGAGCAUCUUCCGUAAAAGUCUACACAGUGCCCCUAAACGUCUUCAGCGAAUGUUGCUAAGAUUGCAGAAGUAUGACCUCCAAGUGUCUUACAAAAAAGGGACUGAAAUGUAUCUGGCAGAUUCACUGAGCAGAGCAUACAGAGUGCGCAAGAGCACAAGAGAAAAUGUAGCAGGAGAUGUUAUGUACAUAGAGGAGAUGAGAGGAGACAUCGAAGGAGAGCUAGAGCAUAUCAAUAUGAUACAAUACUUGCCAGUAUCGGAACCAACGCAGACUGCUAUUCAGCAAGCAACAGAAUCUGAUGCUACCCUGAGAGAGCUGAAGACAACAAUCAGAAGAAGCUGGCCAGCUACCAAGGCAGAGGUAUCAGCAAACAUCAGUGGUUAUUUUACAUUUCGGGACGAGCUGUCUUUGCAGAAUGGACUGGUCUUCAAAGGUGAAAGACUAGUUAUCCCUAUGAGCGUGAAAGCUGACAUGUUGGCUAAGAUCCACCGGAGCCACAUCGGCAUCCAAGGCUGUCUCAGAAGAGCAAGAGAAGUGGUUUACUGGCCAGGGAUGAGCAAAGAUGUCGAAGAUUAUGUAGCAAAGUGUACCGUUUGCAACAGCCAGCCUGUAGAGCAAGGAAAAGAGCCAAUGAUUUGUCACGAACUGCCUAGUAGACCAUGGGAGAAAAUCGCAGUUGAUCUUUUUUAUCUGAACGGUACAGAUUUCAUGGUGACCGUUGACUACUAUUCAAGCUUCUUUGAAGUUGACAGAAUGACAAGCAAGACAGCAGACGAAGUUGUGAAGAAGUUGAAAGCCCAUCUCGCACGUCAUGGAAUUCCCGAUCAGUUUGUAUCGGUUAAUGGACAGCCCUUUUCUUCCGCAAAGUUCCAACAGUUCGCAGACACUUAUGGUUUUGAACAUAUAAAAAGCUCUCCAACAUAUCCUUAG